CUAGUUUUUUCCAAAACCAUUUAACCAUUAUUGUGACUGCUGUUAGAACAAGCAAGAUUUGGGGCCAUCAUGAUCAACAUAGAAUUGUAUUGUUUUUAUAACCAAUGUUUUGUGUGAUUGAAAAAGCGUAUGUAUAUGCAAUAGCAUUUCUUGGCAUGGUGACAGGACAGAUGUUUUUUAAGACUUCUUGCGGUCUUUUGUUCAGAAGCACACUUCGGCGUUCUCAACACGUAGCAGAAAAUUCUUGAAAUGAGAGUAGGAUAUUGACACCUCUGUGGGGCAUCACCAUCUUGUCUAUAACAUAAACUUUAUUUUGUUGUGUUGGCAGAAACGUCCGGAGGAUCUCUCCAGCUAGAUUAUAUCUUGAGUUGGCGUUAUUCAUGGCGCUGUUGAAAAUUGUACUGUUAUUAUUCAUUGGAAUUACAGUUGCUCGCAAGUGCAAGUCCCCAAUAGAGUUGGCUGUAGUGGUCGAUGCAUCUGAUAGUCUGUCAUUGAAAGACGUUAGAUAUGUUAAGCUGUUUAUUAAAAGUAUAGCGAACUUUUCUCGUAUGGCGGUAUUUUCAAGUCACGUGUCCGUUAUUUUGGCGGGAUAUAAUGUUAGUGUUGCAAUUGCUUUGAACAAAAUUGGUGCAGAUAAGUUCAAAUUUUACGAAACUGUGGAUAAAGUUGUCAAACCGCUGGGAGGAGAAUGGAGUGUGAAUAGAGGUCUUCAAAUGAUUAAGAAACAAGUUUUUACUGAAGGAAACGAGAUGCGAUCUUUCUUACCACAAAUUGUUUUGGUUGUUACGAGCGGAAAACCAGGAAAUGGCAAUGAUAUUCAACAUCAAAUAAAGAAUUUGAAUGAUAUUGGAGCGAAAGUGUACAUUGUUAGUGUUGGUGAUGUUGCACGACGAGACAAAAUAAUGCGCAUGAUCAGAAAUGAGAGCAGUAAAAUAGUCAAAGUUCAUCUAAACAAUUUUCGAGAAUUGACAUCUUUUUCAUUUAUCAUCGGCGAAGAGAUAUGUCAAACACAUUAUCACGAUGAGCUUGCCAUUUGCAAGACCAAAAUGGACGUUGGCUUUAUAGUCGACUCAUCUGGUAGCAUUAAUAACGCUGGAUAUCUAAGCAUCAAAACUUUCAUGAAAGCAAUUUCUGUGUACCUUGGAUUCGCACCUGAUGCUUUACGUGUUGGUGCUGUAUUGUACAGCAAAGAAGCAAAAGUAUGGAUUCAAUUCAAAGAGAUUGUCGAACUUAGAAAAUUGUUUAAAAAGUUGUGGAAAAUGCCUCAUUACCGUGAUAUGACUCGUAUAGAUUAUGGUCUUGUUGUUGCCAACACUCAAUUGUUUACAAGAGAAAGUGGAAUGCGGGAUGAUGCGAUAAAGAUUGCAAUUUUGUUAACUGAUGGUGAGCAAACUACCAGAGGAAUUAAAGACUUGAUUCCUCUUAGAGAAGCAGCUGAUAAACUAAGGGAGCGAGAGGUAGCCGUGUUUGCUGUUGGAAUUGGUAAAUCAGUCAGAAAAGACCAGCUUCUUGAGAUUACCAAUGCUUCAGAAUAUGUAAAAAUUUUGUCUUCCUUCAAUGAUUUGAAGUCGGUAACGAGAAAGGUAGCAAGGGAUGUUUGUCAACUGGUUAAUGGUAUGUCUGUUUAGUGUGUCACUGAUGCGUCUGAGUAAUGAAACAAUAUUAUCUAUAUCAUAGUUACGUUCAUAGAAACUAAGUUGAAUUUUGAAGUUCUUUACUAUGCGCUUUAUAAACUUAUUUUUUGAAUAUACCAAAUGAAAUUCAUCUCAAUGAAA